AUGACUAGGCAUAGUAAAAACAAUACUGCUGGCUCUAUUUUUACCUACCAUGAGCGGAAGAAGGUCAAAGACUUUAACACACUAAAACAGAGGCUUGGAGCUCCUUCAAUGAGAAAGUUCGAGCAGUGUUGGCUCUGUUUAUCAACCGCAGUGAAGCCAGUGACCACACCUUUAGGGUAUAUUUACUGCAAGGAGUGUAUUUUGAUGUCACUGUCAAAGCAGAUGGAAAAUAACAAGAGAUUACUAGCUCAAUGGGAAUCUGAAAUGAAGAUGUGGCAGAAAAGGGAGGAUGAAAUGAAGGAACAGGAAGAUCUUGAGAAAAAGCGUAAAUUGGUUAUUGAUAAUUUGUACUCUUUGAACUCAGUUAAAAAGCCUAACACAAAUGUUGAAACUAAGAAGAAUGUUUUUAAAGAGGAUUUAGACUAUAGACAAGGAGCCAAUUUUUGGGGCGUAGAAUCCUCAUCUAAACCAAGAUCAAACGAGAGCAAGUCAGAAUAUCAACCUCCUCCAAAACCUAAAAAUGUGUUAUCUUGUCCAUUAUCAGGAAGGCCCUUAAAAGUUAAAGACUUGGUUGAAUUGCAUCCAGAUACAGGAUCUACAUCAGAUUCACCUUCAUCUGAAGUUGUUUGGUUGUGUUCUGUCUCUAAAAAACCCAUUCUUCAUAACCAAGCCUACGCAUAUAAAAAAAAUGGUAAAAUAGUUAUGAAACAGUACGUCGGAGCAACAGAUAACCCCCAGGAUAGAGAGUCUUUCAUAACCUUAAUCCCAGCCGGGACAGCAUUUUCCUCACAUAACAAUGUAGAGGCCAAGAAAUGCAGACCAUGUAUGCAAUAA